AUGUGUCAACUACCUCGCUUAAAUUUUCUAGAUACCGUGGAAUUAUCUGCACGGAACAAACAGAUCGCUGAGGCCACAAUGAUCAAGAAGAAAAUGUACUAUAACAUGCGGAUCAAGACUAUAAAACGCGACGUGCACAGUCGAAUCCGACACGCCGAGACUAUUCGUAACCACGCAGAAAAUCACAUGGAAACGAGCGUGUCGGCUUUAGUGCGACAGAAGAAGGAGAUCGAACGCUUCGUGAAGAAGCUGGAGUGUAUCAACUCUUGUCUACGGGAUCGGUACACUGCAGUGCAUCGUAUGGAUCAAGAUUUAGAUCGUCUUAGAAUCAGUCUAAGAUGCACGUCUGAAAUGAAUGUUGCGCGGUUGAUGCUGGAGUUGGAGACCGGUGGUAACAUUCGACUUGAGGACGGGAAACCUACAGACGCUUGGUUUGGAUCUUGCGUAGAAUUGGUUCGCUCUAGAUUCUGUCUUCCAGAUCUGCAGAAAUUUGGAAUCUGUGAUAUUCGAAUAAAUCGAGUGACGAGAAUUAACAACCGGUUUUUACGGAAUCGGUUCCAGACUCGCUUGGAAGAAGUGCUUGUAACUCCUGAUAAAAAAGUAAAGGAUAAUGUAUCCAAGAAGGGAGUGACAGUGCCCAAUAAUGACGUGGAAGGGGAACGAGAUAGUGACAAGACAAACGACCAAGAGCAGAUUAAUCUGCCUUCGAAUAUCUGUCCUGUAUCAACGCUAGAGACUGCUAUGGAGUACCUGUUUUACACUCAGUCAACGUCACUGGAAGACCAACUUCUACGCAGUCCUGCAGACUCCGAGCAGUUGUUUAUCGCUGAGAAUGGAUUUUGUGGAUAUUCCGGGCUUAGCACAACGGAUUUUGGUGCUGCGAUCAAGCUAACCAACUCGAUUGCUUUGCUUGAUACACCGCGAGUCACAGCGACGCUGAUUGCGAAGGGCCAACAAGUGCAAGGCAACGGAGAAACCCGACCGAGUCAGCUGAAUUUAACUCAAGAUAUGAAGAGAGCCAUGCAGCUGCUGGCAUCCGGUGACUGGGAGCUGCCCAGUGGACUUUUACUUGUGGCCAAAGUGUUUCCAGGAUACACGAAAUGUAUCAACAAUGUGGAUGUUACGCUCGCAAAAGCCUCAAGGUCGAAUAGCAUAAAAACUCAGGAUUAUACCGGUAUUCAGAGUCUUCAAGUGACGCAUGGAGGUGCGGCAACAAGCAAACAAAAAGUGUACUACGUGUUUGAUGGCGCGUUGGUUCUUCCCGAAUACUUUGUGGAAUAUCAUAAUGACGAAGAUACUGUCAAUCAUGGUAUGGCUUCCAGGCAAGUGGACAGUUUUGAACGAAAGUACCGUAUUCGACGCUCUAUAAGCCCACAACUACCUGGUAACAGCAUUACUGAUGACAGAAUAUUGCGUUUGCUUCAAAUGGAACCGCUGUUAUCUGGAAGUGAGACGAUGAUCGCUCCGUCAGCGCGACUACAAUUGGCUAUUACCAGUCGCAUUAAGUAUCUGAGUUUGGUUGGGUGCGAUUUAGAUGCGAUUCCAGACUUGUCUUAUCUGAAAGAUCACCUUGAAGUUUUGGUAUUAAGCUACAACAAGAUCCAAGCGACGAGUAAUCUUGAAGGUCUCUCAAAGUUGAUCACAUUGGAUUUAUCGUACAACUCUAUUCCGUAUCUAGAACAUCUCGAAAAUCUGCCAAAUUUAGAAACUCUAGAAGUAACCCACAACUUGAUCCGGUCAUUUGACGAUGUGAAGCGCAUUGGACAGGCACUAGGAAAGCUUUCUCUCAAGCACUUGGACCUUCGAAAGAACGGAAUUUGUGAAUCCAAACGCUACAGAUUCCACGUGCUUCAGAGCUUACCGAAACUUGCUCAACUGGAUCAGCAAUCGGUCUCUCAAGAAGAAAUACUCACGGCGCAGCGACUGGUAACUCAACUUUCACCAUCCAAAGUUUGGGCGCUUCAUUGUCAAAAAUCACGUUGUGCUGCUUCAACUUCUCAGUCAUCAAAUCAUCCUGAAUCCGACGAAGAGGGGGACACGAAAGGGGAAUGGAGUUCAGUGGAAGAUCUUGUUCUAAAUCACGAAUUACUGGGGUCAAUAGAGGGUCUGUCCAAGGCCGUAAACCUACGCGUGGCGUCUUUUUCUGACAACGCUAUCAAGCGUAUUGAUGGCCUACAAGUGUGCACUAAACUUGAAGAGCUCUAUUUGGACGACAACGAGAUCACCAAGAUGGAGAAUCUGGACCAGCUGUCUUUUUUAAAAAAACUUCAUCUUGGACGCAAUAAGCUAUCGGUUAUCCAGCAUCUGGACUCCCUCGAGAACCUGAUCCAGCUGUCACUGGAAGAGAACCAGAUAUCCAGUUUACGAGGUCUUGGAUCCGCUUCAAAGCUCAUGGAACUCUACUUAGCCAACAACCGAAUCGAAAACUUAAAGGAGAUCCAGCACCUCAAAUCGCUGCCCAAACUGACGAUUCUCGACGUGUCGGGCAACGAAAUAAUGCGCUUACCGGAUUAUCGUCUGUAUUCUGUCUUCUACCUCAGACGUGUCAAAGUGUUGGAUGGAUUAAGUGUAUCCACACAAGAUCAAAGCAACGCAAAGCAAAAAUACAGUGGCAAGCUAACUUUUGAACUCAUUCUGGAGAAGUGUGGAGGUGGUGGCUCUGUGACGCCCACGAGGUCCGGAGAAAGUCAACUCGGUCGCAUUCUUGACAUGGACGUGUCAUCGUGUCGACUUCGGGAGAUCGGGCGAAUUUCGGGAGAUAUUUUCUCAAAUUUACGCGAAAUUAACCUCGAGAACAACCAGAUUAGCGAUAUCUCGGGACUUGAGGCGCUGCCCAGACUGCGAAUUUUGAACCUGAACCGUAACAAGAUUGAGAAACUUACGCCAUCCAGCUCACCAUCGGAUUAUACUAUACCAGACACAUGCGAUGGUGGAGGAAAAGGAAUUUUAGCUUGUCUCCAUCUUGAAGAAUUGCAUCUUGCUUACAAUCUGAUCACGGAUAUGACGACGCUGGGGCUUCAGUUCUUAGACUCGUUAAAGGUGCUUCAUCUACAAGGCAACGCUAUCCUGUAUUUUGCAGGAUUAGAGUGUAACACGGAGUUGGUGGAUAUUCGUCUGGAUAAGAAUCGCAUCCGUCAGCUUGAUCCAGAGUCAACGCUCGCCUUGCGACGGGUGAAGUUUUUGAAUCUAGAAGACAAUGGACUCAAGUCGUUGUCGAACUUCAACAACAUGCUGAGUUUAGAGGCUAAGGAAGUGGAGAAACUCGCGUCGUUGCCUUCGAUGGUUAAUUUGAAACUGGUCAAUAACCCUUUGACCAAGAAACACCUUUAUCGACAACAUGUGCUGUAUAAACUCAAUCCACUUAAGACUUUAGACGGUAAAGACGUUUACAGCGAUGAGAAGGAACGGAUCGAGAUGCUGUUCGCUGCUGCCGCGACUGCAUCCGAUAGAGGAAUGGACAACCGUCCAGUGUAUCCAUCUCAACUUGUCUUGACGCCAUCGAGUAUACCGACAAAAGGCUCAACUUCCAUCGGUAUUCCUCAACCUAUAGGCAUCUACAACGAAGUGUUGACCGGUUCACAUCUUCGAAAGACCAACAGUCCACUUUUUUCACAUGGACAAAUGCCGACAUCUGCACCGAGUUUUCCACUGCCAGAACAUGAAGUAGAUCUUUCCAUCUCUGCCGGUUCAUCCAACGUAAAUUCCCGUUCAGUGCUGCCGACACACAAUUCCUAUCGCAACAACACUUUGGGAAGCCAAUCCAGCUGGCAACAAUUGUAUGCUGGCAGCGGCAUGCGAAGACGGAUAACAAGUGUUCACUAUGAUCAGCAAAGUGUUUCUCCUUCAUUGCAAGUAAGUGGCAAAUUCGGCGAAACGAAGCUCCCUGCUGGUAUUGUGUCGUCUCAAGCUGUCGGUCGGAGCCCAGCGGCGACGAUAAGAAGAGCAGGUUUCAACAUGCAACCUUCGUCAGUAGAAGCUCAAGAAAACUUGCUGCCAGUAAGCUCAAUCCCUUCCAGCAGCAACGACGCUAGCAACAGGAACUUUUCUGGGUAUGUGGUGACAUUCGGCAACCAGAAACGAUAUCCCAGCUACCCAGAAACAACGAUUCCCUACAUCUCGACUGAACUGCAGCAACAACCUAAACGCAACAGCGAGAGGAAAUGA